CGCCGUCCGGUGUUUGAUGAGGCAGCGGCUACUCGGCUGUGCCUGCAGCGGCUGAAAAGAUGCACACAGCUCGGGCUGUGGACAACAGAGAGGUGCCUGGAAGCUAGUAAUGCCGCAUGCUGAUUCUCAGCGGUAAAACGGGUGUUUGUCUCUACGACACGGACGCGAAACAGAAAUGGCCGGAAUUAUUAAAAAGCAAAUUUUGAAACAUUUGUCAAGGUUCACCAAGAAUCUGUCCCCGGACAAGAUCAACCUCAGUACGCUGAAGGGGGAGGGGCAGCUGUCCAACCUGGAGCUCGAUGAGGAGGUUCUGCAAAACAUGCUGGACCUGCCUACCUGGCUCGCUGUCACUCGGGUCUACUGCAACAAAGCCGCCAUCAGGAUACAAUGGACAAAGUUGAAAACAAGCCCCAUCUGUCUGUUCUUGGAUAAGGUGGAGGUAGAAAUGAGGACCUGUGAGGAGCCGCGUCCCCCUAACGGCCCCUCGCCUAUCGCGAUAACAGCCGGCCAGAGCGAGUAUGGCUUUGCCGAGAAAGUGGUGGAGGGCAUGUCGGUCCGGAUCAACUCCAUCACCAUCAAGGUGCAGGCUCGUGCCUUCCACGCCUCCUUCGAGCUCUGGCAGUUACAAGGAAACAGCCUCAACCCCAAAUGGCAGCAGAGUGACCUCCGCUACACCCGCGUCACCGACCCGAAGAGAGGAGAGGUGUUGACGUUCAAAGAAAUAAACUGGCAGAGCCUUCGAAUCGAGGCGGAUGCCAUCGAGAGUGACGACCAGGACCUCGGUAGCACCCCGUUACGUCUCAUCACCAACCAGGGACGCAUUCGCAUCGCCCUGAAACGCCGAAUAAAGGACUGCAACGUGCUGGCCUCCAAGCUGCUCUUCAUUCUGGACGACCUGCUGUGGGUGCUGACGGAUUCUCAGCUCAAAGCCAUCAUCCAUUACGCCAAAUCUCUCAGCGAGGCCAUGGAGAAGUCCGCCCAGCAGAGGAAGAGCAGGACCGCUGAAUCCCUCCAGACCGCUCCUCCAUCGCCUGGCCUCCAUAACCUUUGGACGGAGACCCCACCCGCCCCCACUGGCACCCCAAACAACAUGAGUCAAUUCUUUGAUCUCUAUGAUGUCAAGGAGUCUUCUUACCACACCUUCAUAUCCCGUUUGGACUUACACAUAUGCAACGACAGUUCUUCAACCGAUGACGAUGAGGCUCCCCCGCCGGGCUUGCAAGGCGCCAUGCAGCUGACAUUCAGGAAGCUGGGUUUCGACUACUAUCCCGUCCACAGACCUGCUGAUGGAUGUCGGCACUGGGAACGCCACAGUGGAGCCAUGGAGGCUCAGGCCCAGUGGGCUGGGAAGCUGCUGCAGGAGUACCAGAGGAGAGCAGAGGCUUCUGGGUUCCCCGGGCCACACCCUGAGGGGCCCCAGUCCACCAAGGACUCCUCUGCAAAGACAGCUCAAGACGGACAGUCCAGUCCCAAGUCGAGCCCCUCUGACACAGAGCAGGCGUCCAGCAGGAACUCGGCCCCUCCAGGGGCAGCACUGAAGAGGCUGCGAUCCAGCUGUGUGGUGGUCAGGAUGGAUGACGUGGACAUUCACCAGGUGUCCUCGAGAGGCCGUCAAAACAAGAAGACGCGCUCUUUAUUAUCCUGUAACCGUAAAGCUCUGCGUCUGCCCGACAACGUGCCGGCAGUUCAUCUGCAGUUCACAGAAUACUACUUUCCGGACAACCCGAGUUUUUCAGUGCCCACCUCAAACCUGUAUGCCCAGCUGAACAGCCUCCAGCUCUGCGUGGACCCCGCCAGCGUGCUGUGGAUCAAUCUGUUUUCCAGAGGUCUGCUGCACACCCUGGACCAGGUCAAAGCGUUCUACCAUUUGCAAGACAGCAGCCGGGCUGAAGAGCAUGUCGACAUCCGCAUGGAUGUCACUCUGCUCAAGUUAAUAAUCCCCUUGGAUUCUUCCAUAUUGGACCAUCCGGAGCGUCCACAGUCCCUCUCUGUUACUGUACCCCAGAUGGUUCUCAGUAACACUCGCCUCUGCCCUCACGGCUCCAGAGCGGACCUCAACAGCACCUGCAACAAGUUCGCCAGCUGCCCUUUCUUCCAGCACACACCGCCCUGCCCCUUCCCCAGAGACCGGAGUGCCUUCCACCCUGUCCCAGCCACCUUCCUCCAGCACUCUCAAGUGACUGAGCCACAACCUCUGGAGAGAAAGCAGCUGCGAUCCCAGGAUGUCUGGUCUCUCAGUCUGUCCCGUGUGACCCUGGGUUUUGAUGGAGCGCGGCGAUUCCCCAAAGGCGGAACGCAACCUUUUGUUGAGCCCUUCGCCAUGUCUGUGUGGAUGUGUCAGCCCUCGGCCUUGAAAAAUGGGUCCUCGCCUUCCUCCUCCAGUCCCAGCGGAGCCCCACAGCCUUCCUCAGAGCGGGAAGAGGCUUCGCUUGCCUCUAUCCACUUCUUGGCCCACACCAUCACCCCAGUGAAGAUGUGGCUCAACCACUACCAGUAUGUCGCCCUGCUGAGGAUGAAGGAUGCCAUGGCUCGGUUGGGGGCGGAGUUAGGCCGGGAUCUACGAGAUGUGAAGCAGGCCCGCGGCCAGAAGACAAAAUCCACUACAGUGUGUCUCGCCCUCCUGGUGGACUCUGCAGAAUUGGGUCUCUUGUUGCCACCAGUGAGCACAGAGCAUGAGGAGGAGGUCCCCCACACCCCAGAGACGGACAGCCCCAGCAUAACAGACUCUGACAUCUCCCCCACUCAUCACUCUGCAGUGCUGGAGGACAGCGGGGUAGAAAACGGCAUCUCCAUCAAUACUGUCUCUGCAAAUGAACAGGAUGAACAGGAUGGGGUGGUGGAGGAGGCAUGCGAGGCUGUGGAGGAGGGGUUGGAGGGGGACGGCUCGACAACCCAGCAGGACACCCCUGUCCUCUCUCCUCCACUCUCACCUGGACAGUCGCCCAUGCUCUCCCGCGAACUGUCCAACUUUAGCCUGGAGGGAGAGCUGUCCAGUGCCAUCAACGUCACCAAGGAUGCGACCAAAGAUGCCAUCAGUGCCUCUCUGGACCUGACCAAAGGGGCGUUUUCAAUAACAAAGGACGCCUUCAGCAUGCUGAGUCGCGGCUCCGGCAUGAGCAAGUUGUUCAGUACGCAGGCAAAGGAACCGGUCCAGCGUUCAGAGGAGACCUCCCCCUCUUUGGCCGCCAGCCUGCGCCACCAAUCCAUGAAGCAGUCGCCUUCCCAGCAUUCCUUUGACAGCGUGAUCUUGGAUGGCAGCCUGCCUGACGAAAAUCUCUCCGUGGAUAGCGAUAUCAGCAACAAUUUUGUUGUCCUCAUGGACUCGGAGUCGGGCGUGGAGUCCAUGCGUCCCAACAACACGCCUGCAGGCAGUCGAGGCAGCAUAGGCCCUGGUACUGAGGGAGGUUCAUCAGCGGACCUCAGCAGCUCCCUGUCCCAAAGUAUGGAGGACAUGUCUCAGGAUAUGUCCUCGGUGUUGCUGCUGGUCCUGAGUGGAACAGCUUGUACCAUGGAAGUGAAGGGAGAAGACCAAGUUGUGGCUGUAGAAGCUCAGAAUAUGAGCCCUGUGCAGUUGGGCAAUGUCCGGGUAACAGACCUGCUGGCGGGCCUCAUUCAGGCUCCGAGCGGACCCGUCCCUAAGCAGGACGGACCGGGUAUCGGGGGCUCUCCGGUCGUGUGCAUGCGGGCAGAAAUGGGUCCAUCUGCAGCCCGGCACUCUGCCGUGGCCGAGUCUUCGGGCUUUUUGGACAUAAGAGUGCGAGACUGCCAGGCCCAGUUGUUAGCCUCCACUGUGACCAACAUCGGUCCUUUUCUGGAGGACGAGUUCAGCGUUGAUGGUCAGCCAAUGAAGUUACAUAUGAGCAACAUCACCAUCACUAUGAAGGAUGACAGCCCUAAAACCUACCCGACGGCCCCUCAACCUGUCCCAGCCUCGUUCAUUGUGGACCAGCUGCUGCUCGAGCGCGGUGACGAUGGCAUCAUGAGGCUCAGAGCUGAAGGUACAGACCCCCCGAAAGCCUCGCCAGGUGUUCCUGUGUCCUGCUCUGUUGAACAGCAGCGUGAGAGACAAACCCUGGAGUCCCAGCUCUCUGACGCCCAGGCCGCUCUCACCCAGGCCCGCGGGGACAGAGAGCGCCUCCUUCUGGAAGUCAGGAAGCAUAACCCCACGUUCACUCUCUGAGCUUCUCUGCCUUUGACCUGCUGGGGAACGGUGAUGGGAUGGAUCGGGCUGAAUGUCGGGAACCAGCGAGACUCAAUGAAAGCACGUCUGGACAUUGGACAUGUUCGAAAAAGGAGCUUUGGAUCCGAGUUGUGGCUUUGGAUCGCGUCCCACUCCCCAAAAGCUAUAGCAAUUAUAAAAAGGGUAACCAAGUGAAUUAACUUAUAGGUACAUUUAUGGUACUAUGUUUUAUCUGGCGGUCUAAAUAUUCCUCACUGCUGUUCUCAUCCAAAUCCGUGUGCACCGUAAUCUCAUCGUGUGGUUUCACUGCUCGUCAUGCAGCAUGCAAGGUUUAAUAUCAUCACGCUUUAAUUCUCUCCAGUAAAUUGUUUGUGUUUUUGGAAAAUUGAGCACAUGCCAAAAAAACUCCUCCUCAUUGCCAGACCGCUGCAAGUCCGUCAGCCGCCGCCUCCACACAACCUCACUUAAUGUCGAGCAUGCCUUGUGAACAGCGCUCAUUUACAUGUAGCUCAUUUACAUGUAGCUCAUUUACAUGUAGCUCAUUUACAUGUAGCACGUGUACAGAUAGACAGUCACGAAGCUGAAUAGAUGUAAUGACGUAGUUUAAUCCCGUUAGGUGUGUGUUCCGUUUCACUCGAACGCAUUAUGACAAUAUUAUCAGCUGUUACUCGUUGAACAUAUUUAGGGGAAUGCACUUUUUUUUUUUUUUACUUUUUAUUUUAAAGGAAGCAGAACUCCACUGCUUUCACUCACAGACGGUGGCAUUUCAAUUUCCACCGGGGUGGAAUGGUCACGCACUCUUAUUGAGCUUCAUUUGUACUGAGGAACGAUGUUCUCUGUGGUCAAACGUCCACCAGAGCACCAGAGAUGGGCACUUCUGUGUGGACAGGAGCUCCAGUAUUGAAAUGGGGUUCGUCUUGUCACUCAAACUCCCUGGUUUAAGGAGGUUUGGGAUCAUACUACCUACCAAUUCUAAUACUUGAUCUCCUUAAAAACUGGUAUUGUAGUUUGCCAGGAAACAUCUCCGACUGCUCGUGUCAUUACCUCUGUGCACAUGUGUCAUGUAUAGUCAAGUGGUUAUGCACUUACAUGUGUAUAUUUAUUUAGAUUUGUCAGUGUUUUUUUUGUGGUUGGACUAAAGUUACUUUACAGUGUAUUGAAGCCAUAUCAAUCAAAGGACAAGACAUUUUAAAAAAGCGGUGGUACUGAUGAUGUGUGUGCACACAGUGUUUCAUGUAAAUGACCAAAAUUCACUACAAACACUGAGAUUCUUCAGUGGGUUUAAUCCUGAUCUCCUGCAGAUUUUUAUCUAUCACACCUGUUGCCAGUUUAAAUGUGUUUACUGUCUUUCUUCUAUGCAUAUAAAUCUGUUAUAUGCAUGGAUUUUGUUCAUCAAAAAGAUUGUUGAACAGUAUAACAUGCAUUGUGUGAAUACUUUGGUAAAACAUUUUACGUACAAAUGUUCUGUUGUUAAAUCUGUGGUUCAGAAUGUUGCCUUCUGGGUAGUUUAUCUGUUCAAAUGAUCUUUCAUUAUCAUCCCAUUGUGUGCUUGGGAGACCCCUGGUGGCCGAACAUGCCAGAGCAGUCGAUAUUUAAAAUCUUUUCUUUAUCAACUUUGGCUGCCUUGCAAGCUCUGAAUGACCACUUUCCAUUCUAUUGAGAGGAAUGUUAAAUAUUUAAGCAAUAGAAAGAUAACUUUGGUUGAACCAAAAACAUGACAAAAGAACCAUAACGCUACACAUCUUUCAUGUGGAAUUCUUCAAUGUUCACGAUGACUAAUAGUAAUGUACCCGUCUACCAGGUUUUAAUGUGUUCCCCUAACCUGCAUGUCUAACCAUCAGUGUUAUCAUGCAGAGAUGCUGCCCUUUGACCUCAGUAUAACUCCUAGUUGUGAUCGCAGCUUUUGAUGUUUUUGUUUUUGCAUGGCCUUAGUAGACAACAACAAAAAAAAAAAAAAAACAGCGGUACAAAGUUAAGACUUCCCAUGCUGGAUGCCACAUGUAGCUGUAAAUCCAGGUUAUAUGCCGCCGCCCCCCACCCCCCACCCCCCCGGGGAGUAGCAUCCGUUUCUGCUGACAAACCGGUGCUCUACGUUCCAUCUGCACAUAACCAUGCAAAAGAGAUGGGAUGGAGAAUGAAGGGAGACUCGCUUCAACCUGGCAAAAUGUGGCCAGAGAGCAGAUGCAUGUACUGAAGUAAUGUUGCAUAGUUUAUGCCUUGUGAAUUACUUACACUUGUGGGAUAAAUUCUAUGGAAUUUGUCACUCGUUUUGAUGUAAAUCUGUAUUUUUGUCAGUUGUGUAGUUAUUUUGUAUCGUCUUUAUCACUUCAUUGAGACUAAUAUAAAAUUGGUUCUGUGAACCAACGCUAGUAUGUGGGAAAUAUUUUGAAAGAAUAAAUGAUUAAUUGAA